AUGCCUGACAAGCAAGGAUCCCUAGGCGGGCAGUUGUGUCCCCAUCCCACACCCGAGCGAUACAAAGUCUUCACACCAGAGUUUGACACAGUAUCCCACGAUCCUUUGGACAUUCCCAAGCGAUACCACACAGGGAUCUUUGUUGAAACAGACCCGGAGAGCCAACGAGGAGAGCUAUUCAACGUUACCGGCGACAUCAUCGCCAAUAGUGGCAUGCGAUUCGAAGUGAAAGAAAGCUAUGUUCCUGGAGCGGACAGGUAUUUUCAUAGAACCACACAGAUUGGAUGGAUUCAUAAGACCGAUUAUCCGAUUGUGAAGGAGAUUCUGGAAGCCUUGCCUAGACCGACCAAACAGCAGGGACUUGACUUUUGGAGCAAGGAUCCAGCUCAGCGGAAUAAGAUGACUUGGACAAAACAGAAUGGGGAUAUCUACGCACCGGAUGAGCCACGACGGCCAAUCGUGAAGUGUAAUGAAUGGACGCAUCAGCUUGCGAUUCCGAAGUUACAAGAUGAAGGAAUUUUACAUCAAUAG